AUGGCUCGACAAAGGAACGCCGCUAAGGCCAGCAAACCGGCAUCAUUGAAGAGGAAGAAAGAUGGUGGAUCUCCGGCGCCGUUCAAAACACCACCUGAAAUCUUGCUGCCACUCAUUGAGACGCUGGAGGAGAAGCAUAUCUACAUUAUGCACAUCGACAACAAGCCUGUCGAGUUCAAGCGCAAGAUAUUCGCUGUGCCGGUUCUGAUGAACAUCGCCAUAGCCGCCCUCUUCGUCUGGCGCAUGUACUACAUCGUGCCCUGGUACAUGGCCCUGCUGGCCUCGACGCUUGGCUAUGCCAACGAGACCACCUUUGUCGCCACUGAGAUGGAAUGGGAGGAGCUGCUUCCAGAAAUCAUCAAGCGCACAGGAAACUUCAUGGCAGAUCUUAUGCUUUUUGUCUUCCUGUGGCCUUGGCCGUACGAAUUCUGCUUUGGCCAGGAACACUCAAACCCGGUUACUUGGCGAUGGAUCGUCGGGUUUCGGGAUCGGGAAGUCAUUGUUCGCCGUAGCCGCUCCUGGGAUAAUAUCAUCGGGGAUGUAAUCAAUGACGAGAGCAGCAAGAGCUUGUUCAUGGCACAAAUCGGUCUCGCUACUGCACCAAUGUUCCUCCAGGAGAAGACGGGCUACCUCACCAUGAACAAGGAAUGGGAUUUGGACUGGGGCGUUAUGAUGGAUGCCACCAUCAUGGUGGACAAGAAGAUGAUAGCCAUCGAAGCAUUCAAAAUGGUUGUCUUGGUUCAUCAAGAAGAGUUCGGCUGGUUGGCUGUUGACAUGAGGAUCGGCGACAAUGCCCACGAUGACGAGAGGAGGACACAGGUCUUUGCCUUCAGAGACGCCCUCGCAGCCCUCGGCAAGGAGGACCUCUUCUUUCGGUGGAUCGAGAUUGUUCAGUUCGAGUCGACGCAGCCCAGCGGUUUUGGGCCAGAGAAGCAGAUUGAAACCGCAAGGCAGAUCAGGGAACUGUUUCAGAAGAACGGGGUGGACUUUGACGAGGUCUGGAAGUCAAGUACUGGCAAAGAUGCUUUGGAAGGAUUGUAG